UCUUCACACACCCAGCGUCUCCCUCUCCUCGCUCACCCUUCCUUCGGUUCCCUUCCUCCUCAGACGAGAUGUCUCACCAGAGAAAGCAGCCCACCCCUCAGCCCCCAGUGUUCUGUGGGAAAACCUCCGGCGGCGGCGGCGGCGGCGGCGGCGGCUCCGGCUGUGGAGGUGGCUACUCCGGCGGCGGCGGCGGCGGCGGCUCUGGAGGCUGCGGAGGUGGUUCCGGCGUAGUUAUCAAGUCCUCUGGCGGCGGCGGCGGCUCCGGCUGUGGAGGUGGCUACUCCGGCGGCGGCGGCGGCGGCUCCGGCUGUGGGGGUGGCUACUCUGGCGGCGGCGGCGGCGGCUCUGGAGGCUGCGGAGGUGGUUCCGGCGUAGUUGUCAAGUCCUCUGGCGGCGGCGGCGGCUCCGGCUGUGGAGGUGGCUACUCCGGCGGCGGCGGCGGCGGCUCCGGCUGUGGAGGUGGCUACUCCGGCGGCGGCGGCGGCUCUGGAGGCUGCGGAGGUGGUUCCGGCGUAGUUGUCAAGUCCUCUGGCGGCGGCGGCGGCUCCGGCUGUGGGGGUGGCUACUCCGGCGGCGGCGGCGGCGGCGGCUCGGAGGCUGGGGGUGGGCGUAGUUGUAAGUCCUCUGGCGGCGGCGGCGGUGGGUGGGGUGGCUACUCCGGCGGCGGCGGCGGCUCCGGCUGCGGGGGUGGCUACUCCGGCGGCGGCGGUGGCGGCUCUGGAGGCUGCGGAGGUGGUUCCGGCGUUGUCGUCAAGUCCGUUGGCGGCGGCUCGUCUGGAGGCGGCUCCGGCUGCGGUGGCUACUCAGGCGGUGGUGGAGGCUCCGGCUGCGGCGGGGGCUCGUCCGGCGGAGGCUCCAGCUGUGGUGGCUACUCUGGCGGCGGCGGCGGCGGCGGCUCCUGCGAGCAGGUCACGUACCAGAGCUACGGAGGAAGCUCAAGCGGCGGCGGCGGCGGCUCCGGCUGUGGAGGCGGCUACUCCGGCGGCGGCUCCAGCUGUGGGGGUGGCGGUUACUCUGGCGGCGGCUCCGGUUGCUCUUCCCAGCAGACCACCCAGACCUCGUGCGCGCCCCAGCAGAGCUGUGGAGGGGGGUCGUCUGGAGGCGGCGGCAGUUCGAGUUGCGGAGGCGGCUCCUCAGGGGGUGGCGGUGGCAGUGGCUGCUUCUCCGGCGGCAAUUCGGGUUGCGGAGGCGGCUCCUCAGGGGGCGGCGGCGGCUCCUCUGGGGGCGUCCCGGUCUGCCACCAGACCCAGCAGAAGCAGGCGCCUACCUGGCCAUGCAAGUAAGGCCCUGUGGACCCCACGGGGGCGAAGGAGCUGGAGCUGUUUUCCGUGGGCGCCGAUGGGCUUAGUGCUCUCAUGAUAUUGCCUUGAGGUUUCCAAAUUUAUGUUUUAACCCACCUGCAACAAGUCAUUGAGCAUUCAUGCUGCGUUUUGUUCUGCAGUUUUUCUGCCUUACUUGCUGUACAACUACCUCCCAACCCCGAUGCCUCC